AAGUACUAACAUGGCAUGUACUCUCAAAGACAGCAGCAACGGCGACUUCAGACUAGGGCAUUAGAUCAUUGGGGGUACUAUAAGUGAGGUUGAAUUAAGACACGGCUACGUAGAUAUCUCCACCUCUCUAUGCGUUAAGAGGAAUAUAUUCAUCAAUGCAAUUUUAACACAGGAGCUUCCCGGAAUCCCUGCAAGCUCAUUGCGACAACAAGGAGACGGCGAAAAGCAACUUUACACAAUGCUAUCGAGACGCAUGCCAUUGCGUCUUUUAAGACGAGCCAAACCGUCGCUGUGCCGCGCCUACAGCUCCAGCCAUGCCAUCAGAGAGCACGAUGUGAUAAUCCUGCGUCAACGAGGGACCAAGGAGCCCAAAUUCCACCUCUCACCCCCUCUCCGAUUGGACGCGGCGAUCAAACUUUCCUAUGGCAGCAAAGUCAACGGCUCCGACAUCAUUGGGAAGUCCUUUUCCGACACGAUCAAGGACAGCGGCGGCCGCAAUGUGCGACUCCUCGAGGCGUCCCUAGGGCAAUACGUCGCCAACUCCCCACGCGUGGCGACACCGAUCUAUCCCCAGGACGCCAACCUCAUCGUCUCCUUCCUCGAUCUGAACCUCCCGGUACCCGGCGAGGACCAGGACUUUGACGCCGGUCCGCCCGUCGAGAUCUUCGAGGCCGGCACGGGUAUGGGCGCGCUGACGCUGCACCUCGCGCGCGCGAUCCACGGCGCGAAUCCGCCCUUGCCGCCGCGCCUCCGCGACACACUCUGUACGGCGCCGUACGCGAGAAAUACCCUACGGAAGGAGGUUGCGUCAGACGAUGCGGCGGCGGAGGAGGAUAAGGAGGUACACAAGGCCGUGCCGCACGCCCUCGACAUCGAAGACCCGGACUUAGCGGCGCUGUACAAGGAGCACCUGGCUAGUCGCCGGGCGAUCCUGCACACGCUGGACGUCAACCCGACAUCGAGCCGGAUGGCGCACGGCCUCGUUCGGCACUUCAAGAGGGGCCUGUACCUCUCCGACGUUGACUUCCACGUCUGCACGAUCCGAUCAUACCUCGCCUCGCGCCUUGCGCAAAAUGGAGGCGAAGCAUUCCUCUCACAUGUGAUCCUCGACCUUCCCGCCUCGCAGGACUAUGCCGAGAUGGCCGUCAAGGCUCUCCAGCCCGACGGGAAAGUCGUCAUUUUCUUCCCGUCCAUCACGCAGAUCCUCGACUUUGUCACCUGGGCAAAGGACACGGAACAGCCGCUGGUGCAGGACCGCGUCGUAGAGCUGCAGACGUCGACGUCGGGUGAUGACAUGUUCCAGGACGGCACGGGCGGUCGGAACUGGGAUGUUAAGGUUGUGGCUAUUCGCAAGGCGAUUGAGAGGGGCGAGACGGGCGCGGCGGCGAGGGGGAUCGUUUGCCGGCCCAAGGUUGGGUCGCGGGUUGUUGGGGGUGGCUUCGUUGCGGUCUUUACCAAGUUGCCUCAGACGGCUGCCAAGCUGGAGGAGAACACGGAUGAGGUGGCACCUGUCCCAGAGACUACAACUAUCUCUGAGAUUGCAUCUGUGUCUGAGGUUGAGUUGUUGCCUGAGACUGAGGCAUUGUCUGGAAAGGAAGCGCCAGCAAGCUCAUAGAAGUGAAAUUAUCAGCGCGGAAGCCAUGAAGGAGAAGAGCGCAAGCUAGUGGGGUCUUCAUACCUCCUCCGCCUGCUCUUCCUGUAGGAUGUUUUUACGAUGAUUGUAUAUAUAAUGGUAGUCUUGAUACACCGCAUAGAGAAAAGAAACAGACAUAGACAACUUCCGCCAUAAGCAGAACAGAGAUUGGUUCAUUCAUGUCAACUUCGGUAAAGUGGAAGAGCAAAAGAUCGUGGAAGCCGACCAAUCCUCGAGAUGGAUCUUGAUCCCUCACAAGCUUGAGGACAUGUAGAUAAAACAAAAAACAUACAACACCAAGUAUUCGCUGGUCGUCACCGACCCAACUACUAAUCCGGCCCUCACUGGUAGCUUCUAGAUGGAGCGCAUACCGCUUUUGUCGUGAUGGUUUUGACAACC